AUGUGUAGCGAAGCAGCUAAAGUUCUCCUUGCUGAAACAUGGACUGAAGACGUCGAUCCAACGGGUUGGUGGAUGAGUGAAAAGCUUGACGGCGUUCGGGCAUACUGGAAUGGCAAGAAUUUUUACUCACGACAAGGAAAUCUUUUCCAUACACCUGAUUUCUUCAAAGCUGCACUUCCCAAAGUUCCACUCGAUGGUGAAAUAUGGUGCGGUCGAGGUUUGUUUCAAAAAUGUGUUAGCAUCGUGAAAAAACAAGCGAAUAAAGUCGUGCCUGAUGAUUACAAACUCUUAACAUAUUUGAUUUUCGAUGCUCCAACUCACGGAGGGAAAUAUGAAGAUCGGGUCAAAUGGUUACAAGCAAAUAUUCCACAGGAUGACGAUAAAUGCUAUGCGACAGUCGUUGGUAUUAAAAAAUGUGAAGGUAUCGCACAAUUGAAACAGUACUUGGCCGAUAUCAAUAAGGCUGGUGGAGAAGGUAUCAUGCUUCGAAAACCAGGUAGUCUGUAUGAACAUAAACGAUCGACUACGUUACUUAAAGUGAAAACAUUUUAUGAUGAAGAAGCACUCGUCAUUGGUCAUAAACCGAGCAAAAGUUUAAUUGGUAUGACCGGUGCUCUGGAAUGUGAAUUACCUAAUGGAAAACGAUUUGAUGUGGGUAGUGGACUUAAUAUGGAUCAACGGCGAAAACCGCCGAAAAUUGGCUCAGUAAUUACAUUCAAAUUUCAAGAAUUAUCCAACAAUGGUCAUCCACGAUUUCCCACCUUUCUGCGUGUUCGUACCGAUCUCUCCUGGAACGAUGUACUUGAAGCAGCUAAAACCAAAAAGCCGAUGAGUAUUCAGCAAAAGGUCAUUCCAUCGGCCAAACUAUCGAAACAACACUCCGUCUUGUUUUCCGUUAUUCCAUCACGUGAUGCGAACAGUGGCAAGAAAAUCGUAACAUCGGACGACGAAGAUGAAGAAGCAGCAGCUUCAUCAUCAUCAUCAUCGACAAAAACUAGUGACACUCGACCGAUGUGUAAAUUCGGAGCAAAAUGCUAUCGAACAAAUGCUGACCAUCUCAAACAAUUUCAGCAUCCAUCAUCCACUCCUAAGCCUACAAAAACGGCAGAACCGGAAUCCACCACGAAACCACCGUGUACAUUCGGUGCUAAGUGCUAUCGAACGAGUUCAAUUCAUUUAGCUACUUAUUCUCAUCCAGCGAAGACCGAUGCAAAGGAAGCGGACGAAGAAGAACCCCUCGAUACUCGCGAACUGAUUGAAGCCGAAGAGCCUGUUUCACCAACAACAAUCGAUAGUUUAUUAGUCAAAGAUAAAAACAAAGGUCUGACAUUUGAUGACGAUAUGGACGAUGAUAACGAUGAUAAUCAAAAUAUGAUCACGCGUCCGAAAGCAGAAUGGAUCAAUCUGGAGAACAAAGUCAAAGAGCAAAGUAAACGUUUGGCUUAUCUUGAAGAGAUGUUCAAAACGACAAAACGAUCCAACUCGACUACUGACGAUAAUCAAGAGAGCACGAAACGUGUAAAAACCGAAUGA